AUGAGUCAGACGUACAGAAUCGCACUUCUCCAACUCCAGUCAAAGUCCCUCGACGUAGAGGACAAUUACGAGAGGGCUACCAAGCUAAUCAGCGAUGCUGCCUCGCAAGGAGCACAUCUUGCCGUGCUACCGGAGUAUCAUCUAACCUCAUGGGUUCCGGAUCAUCCUGACUUUUGCUCUGCAAUUCAGAAGUCUAGCCAGUACCUCUCUCAAUACCAGACCCUAGCAAAAACCCUCAAUAUCAGCAUCGUCCCCGGUACAAUCUGCCACGUGAACAAGGAAGCCGCUGGAUCUCUUUCACAGAGUUCAGCCGGGACCGAGAUGGUCAACAUUGCCUACUUCAUUGCUGCUGGUACCGGCGAGAUCCUCAGUUCCUAUCAGAAGAGAAACCUGUGGCACCCGGAACGUCCACACCUCACGGCAGGACACGAUCCACACAGAGCAUUUGACUUGCCUCUGACCCGCGAGGAUGGACGCAAAUUCCGCGCUGGACUGCUGAUCUGCUGGGAUCUGGCCUUCCCAGAGGCAUGUCGACAGCUCGUUGCCGACGGAGCGGACCUAAUUGUCGUUCCAUCGUUCUGGCAUCUUUCAGACAUUGAUUUGGUUGGCAAAAUGCUCAAUCCAAGUUCUGAAAAGAUAUUUCUCGAGAGCGUCACUGUUGCGCGUGCUUAUGAGAACACCUGCGCAAUCGCACUUUGCAACUCUGGGGGGUUCAGUCAAGUCGCCAUGCCCAUGCUGGGCUGCCUGGGAAAACUGGAGCCAGAGAUGGAGGCAACAAGCAUUGUGGAUAUUGAUUUUGAUGUCCUUCGCAUUGCCGAAACCAAUUACAAGAUUCGUGAGGACAUGGAACGUAGUGGGUGGGAGUACAGAGGCAGUACCACAGAAGGUUGA